GAUUCAGAUUUCCGCCUAACUUAGUCUUUUGUGUACAGAGCUAUAGCCAGUACUGAAAAUAUUAAAGGUUUCACCUCCGGUUUUCCAUUUAAAUUGUAUCAUUUAACUUUUCCCACCCCCGCCUUUUUUUUUUAAGAACUUGGGUUGUCAAGAAUUCAUGAUGAAGAGCCUUUUUUUGUCUCUCUCACUUGCCUCCGUUCUGUUUAUGAACAGCUGCUUAGAAGCGCAAGGAAGAAAAUGGAAAGGUGAGGGUACAACACAAAACCUGGAAAGUAUUGUCACUGGAAGAUGCUAUGACUAUAUCAGAGUUUUGAAUCCUUCUGUUGGUGAGAAGAACUGUUCAGAGAUGUGGGAAGCUUUUAAAUAUGCAUUUAUUAACAAGGAUCCUUGCAAUGUUCUACCUAAGGACUAUGAAUUAUUUAUCAAGCUGUCAUUGCACAAAAUUCCACCUAACAAGUCUCUCUUCUGGGAAAAUAAUCAGCUGCUAGUCAACAGCUUUACUGGCAGAGGCCGCCGCUACAUGUCUCUGGCUGAUACCCUCUUUGGCUUCUUUGGAGAUUUUCUAAACUGGUGUGGGAAGGCAAACAGCCCUGAACUGGACUAUGAAUCCUGCCCUACCACAGCGGAAUGUGAAAACAACGCGGUGGAAUCUUUCUGGAGGAUGGCCUCAAUCACUUACGCGCAGCACAGUUCUGGGAUGAUACAUGUCUUGUUGAAUGGUUCUUCAGUCGGAGGAGCUUAUCCAAGCCCAGGUUUUUUUGCAGAUUAUGAAAUACCUAAUCUCCAGAAAGACAAAAUCUCACAAAUUGUCAUCUGGGUUGUGGAUGAUAUUGAAGGACCAGAUAUAGAUUCCUGUGGAACUCACACUGUAGAGGUACUAGAAAACAGGCUGAAAACCCUUGGUUAUGAUGUCACCUGCACUGACAAUUACAAGCCUGUAAUGUUCUUACUCUGCCUGGAUCAUCCUGAUGAUUCUAAGUGUACCCUUUCAUCAUCUGCACCAGCAGCACAAAGAGGACCUAUAUCUUCAGACAGAGGAGGCAGCUGGAACAAGCUCAUGUUUGUUUCUUUUGCAGGCUUUUUGUUCAGAUUUGCUUUAAUCAACUGAAUCCAUAUCCUCUGCUUGCCUUAGCUGGCUAUGAAUGUGGCUUUAACUAAUUUCUAACUGCAAUUUCACCCUAGUUCUGAGACUGGCAAAUCUGGAUAUUAAAACCCUGCAUACUUCUAUGUAGAUACCAACUGCUUUUAGUAAAAAAAUUAUUCUACUGCUGCUAGAAAGCCUCACCCUUCCUUUCCUUUUCUUGAAAAGAAGAAAUCCAUUGCUAUUUCCUCUUAUCUUUAUUCUCCAGAAUUAAACUGAGAAUAAUACCUCCUGUUCACAUAUUUCAGAAAGAAAAGUGAAACUAUGCCUGUCAUACAUCUCCCACACAGCUUAUUUGUUUGUAAAAACAAUCCUAGCAUUUGCCCUUGGAAACUAAGUGUCUGAUUAUCGGGAUUUGGGAAGGGGAAAUAUGAAUCCAGAUGGGAGAGAGCUUAGAUUGCUCACUUGGUACAAGAUACAAUGGGUGAGACAGUGGAAAAAUUGAACUAAUUUUCGUAAGUGGUCUGGUACUUGGGUCAAACUUACCUGAAACUAUCAUACAGCGAGAUUCUGGCUUGCACACUUGCAUGCAUCCAGUAUUUUACCACAUAAUAUCGAUUGCUUUGUUAUCCGUGGAGCUGUUCCUCAGCUGGCUGUUUCCUGGCUGCUAGAUAGCCAGUAGUCAGGAAUACCAGGUCUGGAGAGUUCCACAGGUUUUCCACCAUGAUGUGAUGCUUGAUCACCAUGAUGUGAUUUAUGGCAUAUCAAAUUCAGACGAGAACCUGCCGAGUCAGAUGCCUGCCUGCGUGCCGUGAACUCAGCACACUUCAGAAUACAUUGAGGAGAGAGCAGAUGCCAUCUUGAAGGUCUCUUGAGUUACUCUGAAUUAUCUAAGUGUCCCAGUUAGAUGCUCCUGUAAACCACAAGACAUCCAGCUAUCAAGAUGACACAUAAAUCUUCAGAAUAAAAUAGUCAUUCUUCUAGAAAAUAACUUUAAGUAAAUUUUGUUGCACAUUCUCUGUUAGCUUCUGUAUUAUUUAUUUGUGUUUGUAUUAGCUGGUUGUCAGGAAACUGGGAUAGGAUGUUCCUGUUAUCUCAGGGCAUCUGAUUUAGGACUCUGUAGUAGAUUUACAUCCUUUCAGUCCCUGGUACAACUAUAUCAUGUUGUAUGUUUGAAAGAUAAAAUAUCUAAAAUACAUUGUUGUUGCUAAUUUGUUUGCCUUCCAUUCCUGUAAUAAUCUUUAAUUUGGUUUUAAUGUAAAUCCCCUUAUAUUACACACGUAGUUGCAUUUGCCUGUAUCACAGCUGGGUUUAGGCUCCAGCUUGAAGGAUUUUUGUGUCUGUUUCAGACACUUGCAAAAACACUGAAAUCAGAAGUUACAGGCCUUUGAAAAUCUGGGCUGUAUUACACCUCAAAAUUGUUCCCUACCUAUGCCGAAACAUCAGUCCUUUGGUUAGUUCCUUCAACAUCCUCCUCAUUUUUCUUGCCCGUUUGAUGCUGUCCUUAACUGCAGCCACCAGAAUAAUAAGAAGGGGGUCUGUUUGUAACACAGACACAUCUCAGAUAACUGAACCCAAGCAAUUUUGAUCAGUUUUCUACUUGUCCACAGCAGAUGACAUGAUGACAUAUUUUGGACUGCAGGCUGCAGAGGUAGUGCAUAUGAUAGGUGUCCAAGCCAUCCUUUGGUCUAGCGUUGUCCUACCCACUGACCUGUGUAUUACAGUGUGUAGGGGAUUCAGAGAAUAGCUAAAUACCAUCAACAAGCCAUAUGUCUCUUAGGCAACUUCUAUCCCCAAGCCAAGCAUCCCAGCUGGCCAACUUUUGCUUUCCAGCCUACGAAAGCUUUCCAGCCUCUGGAUGCAAUCCGCCCCGGCAGCGCAGUCAGCGCUGGCCGUUACACACGAUACCAAACACACUGUAGGAAGUCCUAAAUAUUUCUGUUUUG